AUGGAUACCUCUCCCCUCCGGCUGCUACAUCACUACAUCUACAUCGUGGUCUGCCUUCUGCUGGCCUCCGUCAUCUUCUACCUGCCCGGAAGUGUCUCCUACACCGACUCCCUCCUGCUCGCCUCCGGCGCCGCCACCCAGACCGGCCUGAAUCCCAUCGAUCUCCACCGUCUCCAUGUCGUGCAGCAGGGUGUCCUCUGGGUCGUGCCCAUGGUCACCAAUGUUGUCUUCAUGCAUUCCCUGCUUGUCCUGAUCCGUCUCUACUGGUUUCGCAGACGCUUCCGUCACGCCAUCCGCGACGCCAAAGCCCUGUGUCGCACCCAGCGUCAACGAUUGAACCAGCAUCUGCGCGAUCUCGUCAGUCAAGGCGCUGUCCAAAUCAGUCGACCGACCAUUCCCGUCGCGCGCGAGAGUGAGGAACAGCCGUUGCUGGAGAAUGACGCAGAGUCGUCGCGCAAAUACCAGGCCACCACCCCUCACAUCACCUUUGACGACGAGCACGACCCCGACUCCAAACCACGUCAUCGGUCCUUCUCGAGCGCCGUUUCCCGUCGUCGGUCGCAGUCCGAAUCCGGCGACGUGCUGCACGACGCCAACGGCUCCCUGCCACCCUUGAUGUGGCAGGCCUCUAUCGCCAGUUACUCUGACUGGGACGAGGCGCAGAAGGAGGAACUGGGCGGCAUCGAGUAUCGCGCGCUGAAGACCCUGCUGAUCAUCCUGGUUGGCUACUUCCUCGCCUUCCAUCUGCUGGGGAUCGUGCUGUUUGUCGCCUGGACGAUGCUGAGUCGACGGGAUGACCCUGUCUUCUCGCAUCUCCACGUCGCCCCGGCAUGGUGGGCUGUCUUCACCGCGGGUUCGGCCUUCAAUGACCUGGGCUAUACCCUGACGCCGGAUUCUUUGAUCUCCUUCCGCACCGCCGCUUUCCCCCAGCUGGUCAUGACCUUUCUUAUCGUCGUCGGCAAUACUGGGUUCCCCUGCAUGUUGCGUCUGAUUAUCUGGCUGCUCUCCAAGAUGUCCUCCUACGGCUCUCAGUUGGACGAGGAACUGCAGUAUCUCCUGAACCACCCGCGACGCUGCUUCACACUGCUCUUUCCGAGUGCCGAGACCUGGCGACUGGCGGCGGUGCUCUUAUUGCUCAACGCGAUCGAUCUGAUCAUUUUCUACAGUCUCCAGGAGAUCCCGAGUGCCCCUGGCAUCCGAUUCGUUAACGCCCUCUUCCAGAUCGCAUCGACGCGCACGGCGGGAUUCAGUAUCACGGCCCUGGGACAGCUGCACCCGGCGGUGCAGGUCUCCUUCAUGGUCAUGAUGUACAUCUCGGCGUUCCCCAUCGCCAUCGCCAUCCGUAAGACCAAUGUGUACGAGGAGAAAAGCCUUGGCAUCUACCACGCGGACGAAGACACCACCACCGAGGGGGGGGAGGAAGAGAAUACUGCGAAACCGCACGCCAACCGCGGGCUGACGGCGCACAUUCAGCGCCAACUGGGGUUCGACCUGUGGUACGUGAUGCUGGGGUUUUUCCUAGUAGCGGUGGCGGAGGGGUCGCGAUUGCAGCAGCACCGCGAUGAUCUGGCAUUCUCGCUAUUCCCGAUCCUGUUCGAGAUUGUGUCCGCCUACGGGACGGUGGGGUUAUCGUUGGGAUAUCCCCGGACAGAGACCAGUCUAUGUGGGGAGUUUAGCAUAAUAUCCAAAUUAGUGGUGGUGGCGAUGCAGGUGCGGGCAGGGAGAAUGGCCGUGGAAACGGUGGUUGAAGCGACGGGGGUCGAAUCUGAGUAG